AUGGCUUCAGCUGUUUCUUCCACGGAUCAGUCGGAGUUACACAACAGCGACAAUCAUCUCGAACUGUUUAGUCUUGUGUGGCUCGAUGCUAAUACGGCGGUUAAAGAUAAUCGAGAUACGCAGCAAAAACUGCGUGCGAUUAUCAAUCAUCUUGUGAAAUUUCGAGAUCUACAAAGAUGUCAACGAUAUAUUGAACAGAUGACAAAUGUUAAAUUAGUAGUCAUUGUCAGCGGUCGAUUGGGCCAAGAACUGGUACCUGCUGUUGAUAAACUCCAACAAGUCUCAUCGAUUUAUGUCUUCUGUAUGGAUCCGAAGAGUCACGAGCAAUGGGCGUCCAAGUUUACAAAGAUAAAAGGCGUUGUCAGUGACCUGAACCGACUUAUAUCUCAGAUUAAAAGAGAUCAUAAAAUUCAGUUGGUGGCGGAAGGACCAGUGUCAAUCAGUUUAUUUGCUACAAACAGUUCAGGUGAGUUAACAACAAGAGCUAAUAGCGAAUUCAUCUUUUCUCAAAUACUCAUUGAUUGUCUCCUACGGAUGAAACCGAAUACGAUGGAUAGAGAAGAACUCAUUGCUCGCUGCAAGAUGGAAUACGAAGGCAACUGUAUUGAGGCUGCUCAUUUGCGUGAGUUUGAGCCAGAUUAUUCAUUCGAAAAAGCGCUCUGGUGGUACACUCGACGAACAUUCUUUUGUAAAAUCCUAAAUGCGGCGUUAAGUCGGCAGAAUAUUCAUUUGAUGUUUCUACUUCGCUCAUACAUUUUUGAUAUUCAUCGUCAGCUGCAGCACUACCAACCCAAGUAUCCAUUACGAGUUUUUGGAUGUCAGUUGAUGUCGAGUGAGCAACUGAAUACCCUCAAAGAAUGGGCUGGUCAGUAUAUUUCCGUGAACUCAUUUUUUUCUGCUACCAAUAACUCCUCGAAAGCACUCUCAAUUCUUAUCAAUACCAAUGUUUCGGAAGAUUUUCAACGAGUGAUGUUUGACAUUGAUGCUGAUCCGGGAAGAAGUACUAAACAGUUAUUCGCAGACAUUAGCGGGUAUAGUCAUUUAACUGCCGAAUUGGAAGUGAUCUUUACACUGGGCUCCAUUUUUCGUGUCAACAAAAUAAGUCACGGUGAAAAUCAAAUAUGGACUAUCAGCAUGACUUUGCUAGAUGACGAUGAACCGGAACUUAAGAAAGUUCACGCGCAUAUUCAGCGUGAGAACGGAAACGGAGAGACAAACCUUCAGAUGUUGGGCAAGAUCUUGUGGAAAAUUGGACAAAUUGAUCUAGCUGAAACUUACUAUCGUCGUGCUUUCAACGAACUUCUAUCUGACGAUCCUCUCUGCAGUAUUGUAUGCGAAGAUCUCGCUGCAAUCAGUUUAGAGAAAGGUGAUAAUGAUGCUUACACACGAUGGCAUCAAAAAGCACUCCAACUCAAAGAUCAAUCUACACCAAGUAAUAGUGCUAACAAAAAUAAAACUACUAGUACAUCUGAUAUUACACCAAAACAGUCUAUCGAAACUGCGACUAACAACGACCAUCCCAACGAGCAUGUUAAUUCCAUUCUGGGCUAUGUCACAGAACCGUUGCUGCCACUCCUUGAGGCAUGUAGGCCAUUAAUAGACAUUAUUCAUGAUUUAUCUUCAUAUAUUGAAAUGGCGCUCAACAAAACUCCACAAGUACCACCCGAUGGACUGACGACCAAUGAGAGCGCUGCAAUUCGAUUAUACACGAUUCAAUGGAGUAGUCCACACCAAAGUCUACACGUAAUGCUCAACUCUGCUCUGGAAUCGGGCGAUCGUAAGAAUGUUCAACCUUUUUUUAAAUAUCUUAAAUUAUUGCUGACUGCCCUCGUCAAAUUACCAUGCGUUCCACCGCAGACUGUUUGGCGAGAAGUUAAUAAAAAUAUGAGCGCUCAAUUUUCGCAGAACGCAACGGUAACAUGGUGGUCGUUCUCAUCAUGCGCAUCUUCGACAGCUGAUCUCGAAACAAAAGGAUCGUUCAGUAAAACAGGCGAGCGAACAAUAGUUUCUAUCGAAAUUAUCAAUGGUCGUCGAAUACGUGGUCAUUCAUAUUCUGACUCGCAAGAUGAAAUUAUUCUUCUACCGGGCACUCAUAUGGUAGUCGAUUCACGAUCACAACCAUCACUUGAUCUUCAUAUUAUUCAUUUAAAGCAAAUUAUGCCAAAUGAAAUGAAUCUCGAGCCACCUUUCAAAGGCGCAAAUAUUUUUCCAAAAUCGAAAAAGUCGUCUUGGUACACCAAACUAAAAGUAGUCUUGAAAUAA